GGCUAGAUGUUAGUAGUGUAAGAAACUAGGUCUAAUUUUGUGUUGAGCUAUUACCCACUGUGCUUUACAGUGAGGUGAGACUGACUAGCAGCAUUGAAGGAAAUGACAGCUGUUGACAAUGGCCAUGCUUGAAAUAUCAGAUAUGCAGCUGCUGAAUAGUUUGGUGAAGAAUGUGGACAUGGUUGAGGAUGCCCAGCCAUGUAACCUGUACAGAGAGGUUCUGAUAUUACAGCACCACACAGACAUUGUCAGAGCUCUGAUCAAGGUAGAUGACCACAGGUGUGUCUCUGCUGGAGAUGACUGCACAGCAGCUUUAUGGGAUAUAGAGGAUGGUCGUAAAUUGAAUGUUUUCUCUGGACACAAACUCCCUAUCAAUUGUAUACUGCUACUUAAACCAGAGCCAGGAAGUUAUGAUGAUAUACUGUUGAUUACUGGAGCAUCUGAUAAACACAUCAAGGUAUGGAACAUAGAAACAGGGCAGUGUCUUGAAGAUAUUACAGAACACAACAGUUCAGUCAAAUGCUUGGCCUCCCUACCAGCAUUUGAUAUCUUUAUAUCAGGAGGGGAGAAAUUGUGUGCGUGGAGCAGGAAGGGAAAACAAUUACAUCAAGUGGAAAACCCAGGGAAAGCCGAUAUUCAGUUUUUGCUGCCAAUCAAGGAGAACAGAUUUGUUGCAGCCUGUGAAGAAUCAUUAUAUGUUUAUACUGUUGAAUAUUGUGGAGACAGUUGUGAGAUCAAGUUUUUCAAACACCUUUUUCGCCAGCACAGGGAGGCCAUUGGAAGCCUUAUAAAUGUACCUGAUGGAUCAUUUGCUAGCGGCUCUUUGGAUGGCCUGAUUGUGCUAUGGUCUUCUCAUACUUUGUCUGCCAUUAGGCAGUUCAACCAGAUUAAGGAAGAGAAAGAAUUUAGAGGCAUAGACAACCACUAUCCCUUUAGUAUUCAACAUAUGAUCUCACCAGAGAAGGGUUGCAUAUUUGCUGCGGUUGGAAAUAGCAUUUAUGUUUUUGAUAUCACAAAAGACCAAGGAAGAAUCAUUGCCAAGAAGCAGGAUGCUCACAUGUCCAAGAUCAAACACAUGGACUUUCUUUAUCAUGGCCUGUAUCUUGCAACUUGUUCAGAGGAUGGUGCUAUAAAACUAUGGGGUAGAGCCCCUGCAGAAAAGAAUGACAAAGACUACUUUAUGAACCCUUUAGAGACAUUUACUGGCCUGAGUGAUAAAAUUAGAAAGUUGAAGAAGUCUGAGACUGUAGAACCAUGUCUAUUAGGUGAAUGUCUUGGACAUUCAGGUGCUGUACAGCUGUUUGUUGACUUUGGUGAGGAGGGAUUUGUCUCUUGUGGAGGAGAUGGUUUACUCAUCUUGUGGAAGGAUGGCGUUCUGCAAAAUCUAAAGAGGAGCCAGUUUAUAGGCGAGAUGACCGGUGCUACGCAGUCCUCUUAUACAUGCAGUACAUUAACAGGCCUUUCCAGACCAAUAUUUACUGGAGACGAUGACCAGGCUACUUUAAGAACAGAGGAGUCACCUAGUGAUUGACAUCAACUCAGGGACAUGUCACACACAUAUGUGACUCUUCCUUUUUUUCACUACCUUAAAUGUUUCUACAAAUUAGAUAGAGACAGAUUUGCCUGUAUUCAAUUUCUUAAAAUACAGUACAUCACAGAACAGGAUGAAACUUCAUAUUAGAACAUUUUAAAAAGCUCAAAGAGUAUAGAGAUCUAUGUCUGAUCAGAGGCAUUUUUCUGACUUUUCUUUUGCGAAAUGAGAUGAUUUAGACUUUGAAGUAUUUAUUUUGAAUAAAAUAUAAUACUAAAUUUUAUUAGUAUGCAAACAUUCUUCUUAACACUUCACAUGGUUACAUUGUAAAAAAUAUUGUAAAAUAUACUUUAAGAAAAUGUAUGUAAUAAUGUGUGUGUACAACAUUUAUAAUACAGGUGUGGAUUGAAUUAUAUCACUUUUGAAUUGAGCAAAAUUUACAUAAUGUAUGUUCUUUUUUUGUGAAAAUUAAAAAGUCGAUUUUUAUUUGUAUCUGCUUGCU